AUGGUAGGACUUAGUCUGGUGGCCCGACUUAAUAGAACAGUGAAAAAAGUGAAUCAUAUUAAUAUGGACGUGAAUGCUCCAUUCGGUGGUGUAAAUAUAAUCUUUUUUGGCGAUUAUUUACAAUAUUCUCCAGUGCUGGAUAAACCUCUGUAUCAUAGCUACGCAUUGGCACAGCAGCAUAACGAACGUCAAAUAGAAAUGCAACGUGCACAGAAGAUAAUAUCUCAAAGCAAUUGUGUUGUCAAAUUGAACCAGCAAAUGUGGACGAAAGAUGCAAGAUAUCUAGAACUAUCAACUAGGUUAAGAGAUGGGAAAUCAACAGCCGAGAAUUAUCAACUUCUUUGUACACGAGUAAUUGGAGCUCCAAAUUUGGAGAUAUCUUUGCAACAGGAACCAUGGAACAAAGUAUGCUAG